AUGGAAGGGAGAUGGGACGAGGCUGCACUUUUUGCUGCUUUAGUGACAGGAUCUUUCAUAAAAUUUGCUUUUUCUUACUUCACUUGGAGGAAAAGGCAGAAAAGUUUGCAGUACGUGGGAGAAAUCUCGGAGCUGUAUAUCUACCCAGUGAAGUCCUGUGCAGGGGUAAAGGUGGACCAAGUGGAAUGUUCUAAGCUGGGGGUGACGUGUGGUCACGUCUCCGAUAGGCAUUGGAUGCUAAUCGACAAGAACAACAAGCUCAUUACUCAACGGAAAUGUCCACGCCUUGUUUUAGUGAAGCCCAGUAUCCGUGACAACGCUCUCUGCCUUGACGCGCCGGGUAUGGAGACACUGACGUUAAAACCACGUGGGCCUGGCGAGAUUGGACAGGUGAUACAGACUGAUUUAUUCGGUGAUGCCGUGAAGGCUGUGGAGUGCUGCAGUAAAGCCAGCGCUUGGUUCAGUGCUUAUCUCAAGAAACCAGGGUGCAGACUUGUCUAUGCCCAUCCUACGGUGACUCGGAGGCAGAUCAACAAAAGUCCGCCAUUGCUAACCGUACCCUUGCUGGCCAAACCUGAAGACAGUGACUUGUCAGCGUUCCCGGACUGGGCACCGUACAGUUUGCUGUCCGAGGCGUCCAUUGCUGAUGUUAAUUCCCGGCUGCCCGACAACUGUAAGAAAGCGGGUGUGUUGAACUUCAGGCCCAAUAUGGUGGUGAAAGACUGUGGUUGUUAUGAAGAGGACAACUGGUGUGAGAUAUACAUCGGCCAGCAGACAAAAUUCCGAAAUUUGAAAAAGACGCUGAAAUGCAUCUUGACCACGGUAGACCCAGAUACAGGAGAGAUGGGGGAAAAUAUGGAGCCCUUGAGAACACUGAGGAGGUGA